AUGCACGCCCCGCUCGGAGUCCCAGAACGUCAGCUGGCCUGCGCCGACCUCAUCAAGGCCCUUCACGAGUGCCACAACGCAUCGGUCUGGAACCGCUUCAUCGGAGGAUGCAACGACCAGAAGCAGGCGCUCAACAUGUGUCUCCGCCAGGAGCGCGUCGACCGCACCACGCGUAACCGUGAAGACUCCAAGGACCGUAACAAGAAGAAGUACGACGCGUGGGACAAGCUCAAGGAGGAGACGACCGCUCCCGACGCUGCUCCAGCAGCCGAGCCCAAGGCUGAGGCCUAG